AUGGACAGCCCAAGCCGAAAGCUGGCGCUGGAGCUCCAUGUGCAGCGGGAAGCACAGAGGCAGAGUUCCAAAGCUCUCCUGAUCUUGGAGGUGAAGGAUGCAGUCAUCGACAGUUUGGAGCAGCGCCUCAACGAGGCCCUUGAGGAGGCUGCAGAGCUCAAGUGUCGGGCUCAUGCUGCCGAGGAUCGCGUGCAGGCCGCCGAGCUCGAGAGGCGUCGCGCGGCCGAGGCUGUGCACGCAGCCUCCACAGAGAAGGCCACGGAACUGGUAGCCAAAGCCUGGGAUGCCGAGAAGCGCUCGGAGGUCCUGGCUGAGGAAGCCCGAGCUCUGCGGCGGCAGCGGAGCGCAGCACAAGCAAAGGCGGAGGCGACGGAGGUGGCGCUGGCGGAGUGCCGCGCCGAGAGUGAGGCGGCAAACUCUCGUGCUGCAGCUUCAGAUGAGACCGAGAUUGCAACGCUGCGGGAGACGUUGCACCGCUGUCAAGCGGACUUGGUGCAUGCGGAACUGGAGGCAGAGGCGGCUGCACGGCGGGCCUCGGCGGCGCAAGCACCACACUCGCUGAGCGAGCUGACGGAGACGCCGAGAGGGAACCGAGCGCCGAGCCGCAAGGGCGACGGUGACGGCGGUGACGGCGGUGACGGCGACGGCGGACACGGGCCGCCGGGCGGACUUCGCCUUGGCCGCAAGGACGGGGACCAGGCCGACCUGGAGGACAUCCUCGAGGCUGUGAAGCAGCAUGACUUGAAGAUGACCGCGAUCAAAUCGGAGCUGACCCGGAGGGAGGAAAAGGGCAAUGCGACGCCGGAUGAGGUGACUGUCAUUGAACUCCAAACUCGACGAGAUGAGCAGGAGGAGCGCCUUCGUAUCCUCGAGGCCACCCGCCACGCGGACAGGGCAAGGUGGCGUUCUGCGGACGAAAGCACCCUGCGUGACCUCUCUCUUCUUGAGGAGGCGGCCAGCGACUUUCGGACAUCCUUGGCCUUACAAGCUUCGGUUUCCGAACAAGAGACGGCCGUUUCGGCUGGCGGCAGAGAGCAUGAGUCGAAGACGCUACAGGAGGCAGUGGAGGACCGCGCCGAGGUCCGGGAGGAGUUGGCCUUGGCGCGCUGCCUCGUCGCCGAGGCAUCCGACUCUCGGCGCCUGCUUGGAGAACUCUGCGGUCGCCGAGAAACUCUUCGGGCCAAGCAGGCGAUGCAGCAGGCCCGCCUUGAUUUCUUGACUGCGGCGGGGAACGAGGCGAGCAGAGCCGCUACAAAGGCUAGCCUGUUGGCGCCGCUCCCUCCGCGCAGGGCACCGGCCGUGAGGCCGAAGCUGGAUAUGGUUGCUGUCGACCAUCGCACGGCGCAACUUCGCGAGGAGGUCGCCUUGCUGAAGAGACAGUGUUCCGAGAAGGACGACACACGGCACGUGUGGCAGCAAGAGAUGCUGGAAAUUCGCGGCCGUCAUGAGACUGUGCUCUGUGAGAAGGCGGAGGAAGAUUCUACAGAAGGCACGCGGCUCCCGACAGUCGUGGCAAAGAGCCUGCGGCAGCUCGGAGAAAAGACGCAGCCUCUUCGGGUCGCAGGAAAGCGACCAAGGCCAACUUCGGUGAAGCAAGCACGGAAGCCGAACGAUACUGUGGCCAAAGUUCUCGGGUCCCUUCUGCAGCUCCUGGCAGAGACACAGCGCCGAGCCGUCUGCAGCAACGUCGCAGCGGAACGAUAUCGCAAAGCUGCCCUGGCGAGUGGAGCUAGAGGGCAGCCGGUGCGACCCUUUCCUCGCACGGCCGCGCGGCAGCUGGAGCAGGCUUUGCAAUGUGCUGCAAGGGCCGACGACGAGGCCAGCUGCGUGGAAACGCACGAGCGAUCCCGCUUGGAGGCGGCUGCCGCCGAGAUGUUUUCUGAGCUAGAAGAGACGCGUGGGCAAGGUGAGCAGCUCGAGGCCCGACGCUUGGCGGCAGUGGCGACGCUCAGAGCACAGGAGGCCAGGGCCGCAGACGAGGCUCGUGCCAGGGCCUUGGACCCCUCUUGGCGCGACGAGGCCGUAGAAGAGGCUUGGCGGCUGGCCCGUGAGACUGGGCGCGCCCCUGCAGCAGAUGGUGAGGCUGAGGAUGUUCUUCGUGCCGCCCAGGUGCUGCGCCUCCUGGGAUUGCAGCUGGUGGCCUGGGAGCUGGCGGAGAACCUAAAAAGUGCGCAUCUCAGGGCGGACAGCCUGGAAGUGGCAAACGCUGCCCUUGCGAGGGUCGUGACACAGCAGGCCCCGUCUGGCCGUCUCGGGCCUGUGAGUCCGCCACGGGUGAUCGAGGCGGCAUGGGCUUCGAAGCGGGUAAAGCUGGCGGAAGCCGAGCAGAGGCAGCGAGAAGCUUCGCGGCUUCAAGCCGAGGUGCAGACCUUCCACGCCGAGCUAGCACGCGCGCAGCGUUCUGAGGCCGAGGCAGCAGCAGAGCUCGCAGCGGCAAGGGCUGCAGGCACGACUCGCAGAUCGGUGCAACAACAGCAGAAGCAGGUGCUGGCUCCGGAGAUGCAGGAUCCCAAGCUCCUGGCCAGUAUGUUGGACGUCAUGCACCAGGUGAUGGAGAUGUGUUCUGGCAUGCUGCCUGCCCGGGAGCAAGCCACCGCAGGCUCCGAUGAUGCCAUGACUGCCAUCCUCAAGGAGGUGAAGGAGCUGGGUGGCUUCUGCCAGAAGCUCCAGCAAGAUGUCCACUCCCAAAGGCAGUCGCUCUCGGCCAUCGCCUUGAACUCGUCAGUGGAUGGCCAGAGCCAGAGGGACGAGACUUCGAAGCGGAUGGAAGCUCUGUUGGAGCUGCAGCAUGAGCUCCAGCUACAAUACAAGACGGCAGCGGAAGCGGUGCUCGGCCUGCGCCAGGAUGUGGCCGCAAAGGCCCUUUGCGAAGAGGAGCUGCAGGCGGAGGUCCUGGGCGAGGAGAAGGCGGUUCGAGCAGCCGAGGCCAUGCUCAACGCGGAGUCCACUGCUGAAAGCACAGCUUCCCUGGCACUUGUUGCCGAGGUGGAGGUCACACCGGAAGCAGCGCAGCUCAAGGAGCUGUGCCGCCUGGAGCGCCGCAAGAUCGAGGAGGCAGCCGUGGAGGCCGACCGCAGGCGACGCAGCUUCGAGGAGCAGAAGGCCCUGGCCGACUCGGCCGCCGCCAAGGCCUUCGAAGAGGUUUCGAGGGCGGAGGCGGAGCGCAGUGCGGUUCGUCUGGCAGAGGAGGCCAGCGAUGGCGCAGAGGCCGCCUUGGUCUCCGCACGGCGACAGCAGCGGAACCGAGACGAGGCUCGGGCUGAGGAGCUCGCUGCCACGGAAUGGGCAUCGCACGUCGACGAGGAGAUGCGAACGAAGGAGAGCUUGAAGAAUUGCGAGGAGAAGCUGAAGGAUGAGGUGUUGGAGUCGGAGCGGCUGCGCCGGGAGAUCCUCCGUGUGGAGGGCGCGCAGUGGGAGCUCCAGAAGCGCUUCUCCCCUUCGCUGAAGCGCAUCGAUGAGCUGCGUCACCGCCGUGCAACACUGGAGACGGAAACUCAACGAGUGGGGGCGUAUCCCGAGAGGGCUGUACAGGCGACCCAGAACCGCGUGGUGCAGGUGGAGGGACAGGUCUCUGAUAUCUUCGGGCAGCUCGAGCAGGUCAGCGCGGAGGAGCAGCAGCACAAGGCGGAGGCGCUGGUUUAUGCCUCCCAGGCGGCCGCCGCAGCGAAGCUUGCUGCCGAGGCCGCAGAGCAGGAGGCGGCUGCAGAGCUGCGCCUCGAGGCCGUGCAGGCCCAGGAGAAAUGGCAGGAGAUUGCACACCGCGAUGAGCACCACGCUUGGCGGAACCAGGUGCAGGAGCUCCAGGAGCAGCAGCACCGCAGCCGGCGCGCCCAAGCAGCAGCCGAGGCCUCUCAGCUGGAGGUGGAGGCCGCACUGCGACGUGACACUCAGCGCCUCAAGGUGGCCGAGCUCAAUGCAUCGUUGCAGGAUGCCGAGUCCCGCUGUGCAGACGCCGCCCAGCGGAACGAGCGGCACGGAGGAGCGGGGCCGGGGCGGCAAAAGGAGCAGGUGCUUCUGACGGAGCUGGCGGCCAUCCGAAGCCAGGAGGCCACGUUGCUCGAAGAGAUGGAGGCUUUGCGCCAAGCGGCUGCGUUGCCUGGGCCGGAGCCGAUCGUCGCGACGCAGAAGCCUGCACGUGCGGUGGCCCCAGCCGGGGAGCUACAGCGGCUCCAUGCUCAGCUGCGCCGAGCCCGCGAACAAAAAGAGGUCUUGAAGCAGGAAGUGGCUGUUGGCGAGCGGGAGGAGCAGCUCUUGCGCAAGGAAUUGGAAGAGGUGGAGCAGCAGCUGCGUUUGAGCAGAGACGACGCUGAGCGGAAGCGCGGCUACAUCGCAACGCUGCAGCUCCACUGUGGGGAUGCCACCCCGAACCCCGAGCAGCUGGAGGCCCAGGUCGAGCGCCAGGCCGAGCUGAGCCAAGGCAUCGCCAAGGUGCGCCAAAGCAUCGCCAGCAAAGACCUGCAGCUGAAGGUCCUGAGGAGCGAGGCCGCUGAGGCGAAGAGGCGCCGCGAGGCCCAGCGAGAUGCUGAGGCCGCCGAUGCGCGGCGCUGUGCUGCGGACCUGGCACGCACCAAGGCCCUUCGCUCGGAGCUGCGCCGCAAAGAGCAGGCACUCCAGGAGCUCUGGGCGCAGAGUGAGGUGAUGGAGUCCCGUCUCGAGGAGAGCUUUGCUGGUGACAAGACCUGA